AUGGCAGCAUCGAUUCAGAGACAUAGUCAGGUCUUGCAGCAAAUCCGAUUACAGAGUUGCCACCGUCUGACGAGCUCCACCAUCCAUCCCAUCCUGAGUUCGUGCCGGGGGCUUCAACAUCUGGAGAUUAUUGGAGGGUACCCAUCCCGGAUUGCGAUCGCCUUGAAGGAUGCUGGAUUCGGACCCGCCACAGUGGGCGAUGUUGAGAGGCUCUGCCUACAUAUCGGAUCGCUACAGCAGUUGAAAUUUUUGGAUCUCAGGGGAGCUGCUGUUGUCGUUGACACAACAUACAACAACCCGCCACAGGAGAUCAGCUACUCCAAGCUGACGUUUCCUGGACUGCUAAGACUUGGAGAUGCAAGCACUGGAGAGCCUAGGUAUGUGUCGCUUCUGAAGGAUUUGAAGCAAUUGAAGACCUUCCAGGGGUCGGUCUGGUUAAACUAUGUGCGGGUACAGGAGAGGAUAGUCCAGGCAGAAGUAGAAUGGAUGUACGUGAAUUGGCCCUCGUUGCUGUUAGCCGGGUUCUUGGACUACGCCAAUCAGUCAGCGCUGGAAGAGCGGGCGUACUUGAGGUGGCUGAAGGAGCGGAUACCCCGGUUGCAGUUCACCAAGAUGGUUACACCCUCGACCUGGUCUAUUUGA